AUGUCGUACCGGGCUCCCCCUCUGGCCCCCGAGGCACCCCGAGGACUAUCAGCGCUGUUAGCCCAAGCACACCCAUACAAUGGCGCCAACUCGAUACCGUCACGGAGUCAUUCCCUAAUCGGUAAAACCUCGGACAGGGGACGUCUACACUUCGAGCGACAGUUUUCACAAACAAGCAAGACGGAAUCAACGAUCAACCAAACAAUCAGAGGAUGUAGAAAGACCAUCCGACGAGAAAACAAGGCACCCGCAUUAGAAGGCUGUCCUCAAAAGAAAGGCGUCUGUUCAAAGUUGUAUACCGUCAAGCCCAGGAAACCUAACUCAGCCGUCCGGAAAGUGGCUAAAGUUAAACUCGCAAAUGGAAAAACCGUUGUCGCUUACAUUCAGGGUGAAGGGCAUAACUUGCAAGAACAUUCCGUGGUCUUGAUCCGAGGUGGUCGAACUCAAGAUUUGAUCGGUCUCAAAUACAAGAUUAUUAGAGGAGCAUUAGAUUUCGCAGGUGUGGUCGGUAGAAGAACUUCGAGAUCAAAAUAUGGCGUUAAAAAACCGAAGGAUCAAGCUUAA